CAUAUUGGUAUAUAAUAUACUGCCAAAACGCUGACACUCAUUCUUUCAACUGCAGUGAAAUUUUUAAGUGAAUAAACAGUAGAGAGACGAUGAUUAAAUUAAUGGGAAAAUUUUUAGUUCUGCUAGCUCUACUAGCAUGCGCUUUUUCCAUACCACUCCAAGGUGUAAAAGGCGGAAGACGGAAUUACGAUUCUGAAGUAUAUGUGAAUCCUUUAAGAAAUGACGACUACUACAACGAACAUUACGGUAGUAGGCUAGAAGACAGACGAUACGGAGAAGAUCAUUAUGGUGACAGACACAGACAUGACGGUAGAAAUAGAGCUAGUGGCGGCCAGGAUGUACUAACAGAUGAAGGGAGAAAUCGUGUCGGUGGACCAGUUGGUUCUGGUUCUUACCAUCAAGGUGAAAAUCGUAGCAGAGGACAAUAUGGGCAAAGAUCGUACGACGACCAAGAUGUACGUUAUCAUGGAAGUCAAUACAGGGAUAAUUACGAUGCAGAAUAUGUAGGAAGCAGAGGAGUCGGUUACGAUAGUCGACGUCAACAUGGAAUUAAACAUUAAUAUAUGUAUACUAUUUUUUUUUAAUUAUAUUAAAAAUGGUUUAUACCAUAA